UUUCCCACUGAAGCCCUUCUUCUCCCCUACCGGGAAGGCGGGGACACUGAACUGGACAAGCCAAGCCAAUAGCCAUGGAAUCGCAUGCCGGUGAUGAACCCUUGCCAAUGAACGUUGAAGAGCAGCUGCCUAAAGAGCCUCCCAAGAUUCACCGACUCGACCAGUCUGUCGUCAAUCGAAUCGCCGCCGGUGAGGUCAUCCAGCGCCCGGUCUCCGCCGUCAAGGAGCUGGUUGAGAACAGCAUUGACGCGGACUCGUCCUCCAUAAGCGUCACGAUUAAGGACGGCGGCCUCAAACUUAUCCAAGUGUCCGAUGAUGGCCAUGGCAUUCGAUAUGAGGACCUGAGCAUAUUGUGCGAGAGGCAUACAACAUCAAAGUUGUCUGCAUUUGAGGAUUUACAGUCCAUUAAAUCAAUGGGAUUUAGGGGAGAGGCUUUGGCAAGCAUGACUUAUGUUGGUCAUGUUACAGUCACGACCAUCACCAAAGGGCAGUUGCAUGGUUACAGGGUAUCAUAUAGAGAUGGUGUUAUGGAGCAUGAACCAAAGGCUUGCGCUGCUGUAAAAGGAACCCAGAUAAUGGUUGAGAACUUAUUCUAUAAUAUGGCUGCAAGGAGGAAGGCAUUUCAAAAUUCUGUUGAUGACUAUUCAAAGAUUGUAGACUUGAUUAGCCGGUUUGCCAUACAUCACAUAAAUGUUGGUUUCUCUUGUAGAAAGCAUGGAGCUAUGAGAGCUGAUGUUCACACUGUUGCUACUUCAUCAAGGCUUGAUGCCAUUGGAUCUGUUUAUGGUGUUUCAGUUGCUCGCAAUUUGAUGGAAAUUGAAGCUUCAAAUGAUGAUCCGUCUGGUUCACCUUUUGAGAUGCAUGGUUUCAUCUCUAAUGCGGAUUAUGCUGCCAAGAAGAUCACAAUGGUUCUUUUCAUCAAUGAUAGAUUGGUUGAGUGUUCUGCAUUGAAGAGAGCAAUUGAAGUUGUUUAUUCAGCAACAUUGCCCAAAGCUUCUAAACCGUUUGUAUACUUGACAAUUGUGUUACCUCCUGAGAAUGUUGAUGUAAAUGUGCAUCCAACAAAGAGAGAGGUAAGCCUUUUAAAUCAGGAAGUUAUCAUCGAGAAGAUACAAACGUUGGUUGAAUCAAGAUUGAGAAGUUCAAAUGAUAUGCGGACAUUUCAAGAAGAGAACGCUGAACCAUCCUCUUCGUGUUAUAUGAAACCAUGCAAGGAGGCUAACCUCAGUCUCUUGGUGCCAGGUUCAAAAUCACAGAAAAUUCCAGUACAUAAAAUGGUUAGAACAGAUUCAUUGAAUCCUUGUGGAAGAUUGCAUGCUUACAUGGAACCCCAGCCAAUUGGACAUCUUGACAAGAGUGCUAGCUUGACUGCAGUGAGGUCCUCAGUUAGACAAAGAAGGUACCCAAAAGAUUCUGCAGAGUACGCCAGCGUUCAGCAGCUUCUUGAUGAGAUCAAUAGCAACUGUCACUCUGGUUUGCUUGAUAUUGUAAGGAACUGCACAUAUAUUGGAAUGGCAGAUGAUGUCUUUGCAUUGCUUCAAUAUAACACUCAUCUAUAUCUUGCCAAUGUGGUAAACCUGAGCAAAGAGCUUAUGUAUCAGCAAGUUCUGAGUCGGUUUGAACAUUUCAAUGCUAUACAACUAAGUGAUCCAGCCCCCUUGAAAGACUUGAUCAUGCUGGCACUGAAGGAAGAGGAUUUAGAUUCAGAAUCAGCUCCCUUGAAAGACUUGAUCACGCUGACACUGAAGGAAGAGGAUUUAGAGUCAGAAUCCAUUGAGAAUGAUGACUUGAAAGAGAAAAUUGCAGAAAUGAACACAGAUCUACUGAAACAGAAGGCUGAAAUGCUGGAGUUUCAUUUCUGUAUACAUAUUGACAAACUUGGAAAUUUAUCUAGACUUCCUGUGAUACUUGAUCAGUAUACUCCUGAUAUGGAUCGCAUCCCAGAAUUUGUGCUUUGUUUGGGAAAUGAUGUUGAUUGGGAAGAUGAAAAGAACUGCUUUCAAGAAAUUGCGGCAGCUCUAGGAAAUUUCUACGCUAUGCAUCCACCCAUGUUGCCCAACCCUUCUGGUGAGGGAUUGCGGCUUUACAAGAAGAGAAAAUUAAGUUGUGCCGAGCAAAAUUCUUGCAACAUUACUGGGGCUGAUGAGAUGUUGGAGAAUGAUUUUGAUCAUGAACUGCUAUCUGAGGCACAGCUUGCCUGGUCCCAGCGUGAAUGGUCUAUACAACAUGUGCUAUUUCCAUCAAUGAGACUCUUCUUCAAACCGCCUGCUUCUAUGGCUACUAAUGGAACAUUUGUUCAGGUUGCUUCUCUGGAGAAGCUGUACAAGAUUUUCGAAAGAUGCUAAGCUCCUAACACAGAAUUGCUUUGGCUCCAUGUUAUUCGUUCUUCGGAUAAAGGUGCUUUCUGGGCUUCUGGUCCUUAAAAGUUUAGAGGGCUUCGAAGAAAUACUUAUCCUAAUCAUGUUGAACCACGUUGUCUCUUGUAAAUAUUUCUGAAUAUAUAACAAAACCAUAUCCAAUCAUCACUGUAGAUAUUUUUGUUUGGAAGAUGAUCAUUGAUGAGUGAAAGCUUAGCAUGGCUUGUUGGAAUUCUGUAAUGCCUUGAAGGCAUAUUAUUAAGAUCGGCCUAAUUGAUAAGGAUAUAACCGAUACUCAUGGGUGUGGGUUGAAAUUAAAACCUCUUCCCUCACAAUGACGGGUGUAGGAGGUGUGUCGCAAAGGCUUGCCUCAAGUGUGGUUUUGAAUUCGGUUGCCAAUUUGAUAAUUGGUAAUCUGUAAGUAUUUUUGUAAAUGUUUAAGCAUAUUGCUGACGUGGAUGUUGUUUGGUUAUGAAUUAGGUAUAGUAGUCUGCUCCUUCUUGUUAA